GGACGAUUUAGUUGUCAGGAAAUCAAAAGAUAUUGCACUCACAACAAAAGUGUAAAUUGCUAACAAAUAGUUCGACAAGACCAACACCGGUUUCGCCGUUCAUGAUUUGAUGGUCCUGUCUAAAAAUCCUUUUUGCACUACUUUUGUUGUCUCUAAAGGCUUUUUAAAUUUAUGUCGUUCCCGAUGUUAAAAAAAAGUUUGGCUGACGCCCCCUUCAACGAUUCUGUUGAUCUUUAAACGCUUGUUUAGUUUAUGACAGGCGCGAGAUAGAUAAGCUGACGUAAAAAUGGUCAAGAUAGCGCUAGGUCACUAAAAUUUACACAUCGUGGCGAUACCUGGGGAUAGAGACGAAAUUCUCAGUUUGUUGAGGUUUGAGGAGUAACAUCAUCGUGCUUUGUAUUUUAAACCAUGGGCAUAUGCGUUGUCCUACUGGUAUUCGCUUCGAUUCGAUAACCAUCACGGUAAAUUGCCGACCCAAUUCAGCGCAGCACAUAGCUUCACGAUUGCCAUCUUACUCGAGUGUCGACAGGCGAAUUGACUGAGACGUGCUGAAUUCUUUUGGUUCAGCAAUAAUGAUGUCGUCGUUCGUGACGACGAUUUUAAGGUCACGACGCCCCUUAUAUACUCGAGUCGGUAUUCACGAAAAAGAUAAUUUAAGAGAUGGGAUGGAGAGUACAGAAUGCAAAGUAGCAUCUUUUUUUAAGGCAAGGGUGACGUUUGCCUUGCAUCUUUCACAAGGCACCUCUGCAAUGUGAAAAUUGAUUC